AUGGUUAUUAAAGUCGGUAUCAACGGAUUCGGUCGUAUUGGUCGCCUUGUUCUUCGUGCCUCCUUGAAUAAUCCUGAGAUUCAAGUCGUUGGUUUAAAUGACCCUUUCUUGGACCUUGGUUAUAUGGUUUACCUUUUCAAAUAUGAUUCCACUCACGGACGUUUUAAAGGACAUGUAGAGGCAAAAGAUGGAAAAUUUGUCAUAAAUGGUCAUUCUAUCGCCGUUUUUGCCGAAAAGAACCCUGCUGAUAUCAAAUGGGGCGAACUUUGCGCUGAUUACGUAGUUGAAUCCACUGGUGUUUUUACUACUACCGAAAAGGCAUCUGCUCAUUUGAAAG